GAGUGAAGCUUUCAUCGGGGUUGUUGUCUGAGGGACCAAACCCUCGUCUCUACGGCUCCCUCCCUCCCUCAGCUUGCAUUAACUCUGACACCCGGCGGAGUGUUGAGCGCUGUAAGCAUGCCGGCCAUGUUCAGCUCUCUCUGUCUGUUUGUUUAAGAGCUUAGGACGGUUGGAGUCCGGGUCUCUCCUGGAGGUUAACAGAGAGCUGGUGCUUCCUGCUGAAGGCCUCUUCAGAGAGGGUAAGAGAGUCCUUCAGCAUUUGCAGCACGUGUUGGUUUGGGUCAAAGCCUAAUGUCUGCCUUUAGGUUUGAAGCCUACUGCAAGAAUGGAAGAUGUUGCAUUUAAGUAUGAACUGUUAGUUUGAAUUUUUAAGCAUAAACUACAACUUUCAUAAUAAAUGAGCAACAUUACUUAGAAAUAUACAAACAUAAAUAGAUUUAGGCAAAACUAUGUCAGAAAAAUAAAUAAAUUGACCACUAAGAAUGUAAUGUAUCUGGCGGCGUGGAGAGAUGAUAAUGAUGAUGACCAAGGCUUUGCAUAACGAUAGUCUUUGUCUGGAUAUUUACAUUGGCUACUGCAGCUGGCUGGGCCAUCUACUGGUGCAAAACAAACAAGGAAAAAAGGAACAAUAACAAUAUCUAGGUUACAUUACCGCUAAAGAGGUCUUAUAGUGUUAAACAACAAAACAGCAAGGCCCAUUUUGGAGGUUUUUAAAUAAACGGAGGUCUGUUUAAGAAGAGGAUUUGAAUAGUAACAUAAAGUUGUGUGUCUUUUGGAGUUUGACCAAAACAAGAUUGCAUGACCAAGGCUUAAUUAUAUAAUCCUGACCUAAAAACAAAAAAGCACGGGUAUGUUUUAGGUAAUAUACAUAAUUCCUUUUCAAACCAUUGCGAGGUAGGAGUGUCUAGUACCUGUACUUAGAUAAUUACAUUGCAUAAAUAUUAUGCAUACACAGUAUAUACACGCAAAAUUGACAGAGAGAAGGAACACGUCCCAUCACAUAAUAAAGCGUACUUUCUGAACGUCAACAGAUAGAAUCCACAGGUUCAAUAGAUCCUUAUGAGCGCAGGUAUGUGAGGAGCUAGUGAUGCGUUCAGGUGGAGGUGUGGCCCCUCAGCAGCACUCGGCCAACGACUGAGUCUUCAGGUUACCAGAGGAGGCUCGCACUCGCAACCAAAACCCUGGCCGAGGAACAUUGAGUCACCUCGACUCCUCUCACACACACACACACACACACACAAACUCCCAAACACACACACACUCACACGCAGACCUACUCAAGGAAUAAUCCGUCCGUCGCUUGGGAAAGACGACCGACUCGAGCUGAUUAUCUCGUGCUCGAGGACAGGCGUCGAGGACCCUCCAUGACCAUGCCCAUGGUGGUGAAGCUCGAGAAGGAGUCUCCCAGGGAGAUCUCCCAGCCCCCGGACGGCGGCGGCGCCGACCAGGGCGAGGACCAGCCCAGGGGGGGCCGGCGGAGGAAGAGGCCCCUGCAGCGCGGGAAGCCCCCCUACAGCUACAUCGCCCUCAUCUCCAUGGCGAUCGCCAACUCGCCCGACCGGAAGCUCACUUUAGGCGGCAUCUACAAGUUCAUCACGGAGCGCUUCCCCUUCUACAAGGACAACUCCAAGAAGUGGCAGAACUCCAUCCGCCACAACCUGACGCUCAACGACUGCUUCAUCAAGAUCCCGCGGGAGCCCGGCCGGCCUGGCAAGGGCAACUACUGGGCGCUGGACCCCAACGCCGAGGACAUGUUCGAGAGCGGCAGCUUCCUGCGCCGCCGCAAGAGGUUCAAGCGCUGCGACUUCACCACCUACUCGCCGUACGUCCACGAGACGGCGUCCGUCUUCCCGCCGGUGCAGAUCGCCCGCUCGGCCGCGUACGGGAACGGCCUCUACCCCAACAUGGCAGUCAGCCCCACCUACGGCCAGCAGCUGCCCCCCGCCUACUACCCCUCCCCGUCGCCCCCCGGGUUCGGCCCGGCUCAGGCCCGCAUGUUCAGCAUCAACACCCUGAUCGGACCGGAGGUCAUGCAGCAGCAGCAGCAGCAGCAGCAGCAGCAGCAGCAGCAGCAACAGCAGCAGGCUGUCCGGGGCGGGUACAGCCCCGAGGGGCCCCAGAACUUGACGUCGGGCCCCUGCGGCACCGGGAUGCCCGGCUUCCAGGGCCAAACCUGCGGAGGGGUUGCGCCGUCAUCCCGGGGGUCCGCCCACGUAGGGUUCCCCUACUCCGGGCCGCACGGCCCCCCCAGCCACCACCACCACCACCACCCCCACGGGGCCCAGAGCUCGUACGGACAGGGGCACGGACAGGGGUACGGGAUGGUGGGGCGGUCGAUGGACUCGAUGGACCAUUACGGCAGGGUGUCCCCGGUACACCUGGGCUCCUUCUCCCAGUACAACGGGGCCCAGGGACCCAUGGCUAACACCGGGGGCUACCUAAGACACACGUACCCGGGGAACAUGGAAAGGUUUGUGUCGGCUAUUUGAGACUUUGGGCCCCCAAACAAUGGGAAAAGACUUUAAUGGAGAUAGAUGUUAUUAUCAAGGACUUAAAACCUUAGAAAAAAAAGAAUGUGACAUUUCGGGACUGUAACUGUAGUUGUGUUUUGUUAUUUUGUGUCUUCAGACCAAGUUGAUAAAUAGAAAAAAUAAUGACACGUUAAAAUAGGCCUAUUUUUUACGAUAUUUGUAUGAGAGCCACUUUAAAAAUGGCCUUCAGAGGGACUAGGAGGAAUUAAAGCACUGUCGAAGGAGAGGUCCAAUGGGCCUUUAGUUGAGUGGAAUUCGAUUUUUAAUAGUUUUAUUGAAGUGAAAUAUGGUAGUAUAAAUUAUGCUUACCACUUUUCAAUAAAGGGUUGCUUUGAGCAAGGUUAGCGAUAGGCCUACGUGUGCAUGUAUUUGGUCGGCAGAUUGCUGUAUAUAAAUGCGGAAUUAAACUAUUUUUGCUUCGAAUUUUGCAUACCUUUUAACUCAAAAACGCACCGGCUAUAUGCUCCCACUUGAAAAUAUUUCGUAAAGCACAAAUAAAUAUAAUGCAACUUUAUUUUCGUUAUUUUAUGUUUUUAUUUGUAUUGCGUUCAUUUUAACUCGGAUCGUUUUGUCUAAAUUACUUUUUGAAAUUUGCAGUAGGCACAAUGAUUAACGGAGGAAGAGAACUUCGGAAAUAUUAGGACUUUGGGCUUUGUUUUACUUUGGUUUGCGCUCUCUCCGUUUCUGCUCCGGCGCAUUUCAAGAGUCUCCUGAAACCACGCUGACGUCAGUCACUGGCCGGCUCCAUAUCAAGGCUAGACAUCUCCACGGCACUCACGAGCUGCUCCUGUAUAGCCACCGCGCAAACCCACCAACCAACAAAACCUGUUCACUUGCAACUAUUACAAUUGAUGUGCAUGUAGUAGGCAUGUUAUCAUUAUAAAUAUUUGAACGAUGCGUUUGAGAAUGAGUAGGCUAAUGUUAAGUUUUUGUCUGUGAUAGAAUCACACCGCUUGUAGUUUGUAGGCUACUCUAGUUUAUCCUUCAAACGGAGACAAGUUUAUCGUGAUUUUAUAUAAUUUUUUUCCAUGACGUCUGUAAUGUUUAGAAAAGGAGCUUUGAUCAAACAAAUGGCAGGACCAGGUGGGUCUUCAGGAAAUAGAUUAACCAAGGUCCUACCGUACCGUGCGGUCUAAAGAAAAGAACACGAGUAGGCUACAGGGAGGUUCCCAAAUAACGAUAAAUAUCACUUACAAAUUUGGAAGAAAGGAUAAUAAAUGCAGAAAGGUUGAUUAGGUUUAUUGUGACAACUUCAUGGUCAGUGUCAAAGUGGUGGGGCUUUAAGACAAACAUUUAUAUAAAAAAAAGUUUUGGAAUAAAAUAAGGCCUAAUAAGUGCCUGUAUUUCGUUUAUUUUUUAUUAAGACAAUUCCUGCAACCACUUAUAGAAAUGAUUACGAUUAUGUAGGGCUAAAACUGCUUUUAACUAAUUGUAUUUUUUCUUUUUAAGACCACAAAUUAUUAGUAUUUUAAGUAGUAUUUUAAUAAAAUAUUUAGUUUACACAUUGUAUACUUUGUCUCUACUUAGGGUAUGGCACAUAUUUAAAUGUAUUCAUGAAAAAUAAACCUUAACCCUCAUGGCGAAGUUGAUAACAAUUUAUUAAACUUGUACAAAAAGUUUGGAAAGCCAUACUCCAACACGAAAGAUGCACAUAAACAUCAAACAUAAACAUGUUAUUUUUUAGAAAAAGGAAAAGAACUUUUAAUACAAAACAGAACAAUACCAACAGGUCUGAAAAAGAAAGGAAAGGGCUACAGAAGUGAACAAAAUACAAUAAAUAUUACAAAUCAACUGAUUAAAUCCUGAAGCUUUCCGAGCUCCUCAUAGUUCUGCACCACAUCUGGGAUGGACUUCAAGGUCUGUGUGGAGACAAAGGAGCACAGGCCUCUGUUAGCAUGGGACGAUUCAUGAUCAUGUGAUGAUGACUCUACAUCUAUAUGAAUAAGUGCAGGUACCUUUCGAGCCGUUUCCACCAUGUUGUCCAGCAUUCCUAGUUCUUCCUCCAUCUUUUGCUCAUUUUUUAGGUAGACCAUUUUCUAGGGGAAAUUAAAAACACGAAAAACACAAUGAAGCUAUAACAAUACACCUUAAGGAGAGGCCCGUCUUGCUGGAAGGCGAUUCAGACCAUCUGGUAAACAGCGCGUGGCCUUACGUGUCUUUUCGCCUUCUCCAGGAGCUUGGUCCUGGCCUGCUCAGACUGCAUCAGACCCCCCUUCAGCCUCUCCACCUGGGGGUCACAGUUAGAGGAGAAGAUUAGAUUAAAGAAGAGCAUAGACCAAUUUCUUGUGAAUAUUAACAUCAACUUGUAUUCCCAUUCAACCUCGACUUUCAAAAGAAAUCCCAGUGAUCUGAACGUCAUGGUUUGGCUUUUCUAAAUAAAGCCUGUAUCUGUCGACCACCGAUAUAAGCAUGGGUGGAGACGGUACCUCCUGGAGGAGCUGGAUCUUCUGCUCCAUGAAGUGUGGCGUGCCGUCAGAUCCGGAGCCCCCUUUCCGCAGCUCGUCCCUCAGGGCCCACGACUCCACCUGCGACUGCUGCAGCAUGUGACGUAACUCCUGUCAGCGGAGAAAGGGAGACGGAAGAGAUGACUGCUUGAUGACAGUUCCACAAAAGAGUGUCAAGUAUUGUAGUGGCGAUUUGUCCUCAAUAAAACAAUAACUCGAAAAUUAAGAAAUCAAACAAAGCAACGUAAUCAAAAUAGCCACUGAGGCACCAGGGGGACGAAUCUUCAGAGUCAACUGUCCAAUCGUGAAUUUGGGUUUCUGAAGGUUUAUUUUCCGAUCUUCCAAGCAAACAAAACAAAUGUGCAACAGUGGGAACUGGCCGCCUCAUCUCCUUUGUCUCUCUCGUACAGCUGGUAAAAAACCAUGACCCU